AUGGCAACGACUACCCUCAGCGAGACGGCCAUGAGGAGCACCCUGCACAAUGCUAGUUCGCGAGCCGCUCUGCCUCUGCACGACAUGCCACGAGGCCGUACCACACAGAACGAGCCUGCCAACAGCGACACCAAUCCGAGCCACACUACAGUUCCAGAGGGCGGCUACGGAUGGGUCGCCCUCUUCGCCUGCUCCGUCAUCACAUGGUGGUUCACGGGGACGACCUACAGCUGGGGAGUCAUUCAAUCAGCACUGGUCGAACAAGGCCUUUCGCAGGCUUCGACGCUUUCAUUCGUCGGCAGUCUCACCGUGAGCUUCGUCGCUAUCCUAGCCAUCGCGAAUGCUGGCAUAGUCACGACAAUUGGAGCCCGAAACUCUGGUCUCAUUGGCGUAAGCCUGUUGGGAUUGGGUGGGCUUCUUGGAAGCUUCGCAACCCACAACUUGGUCGUCCCAGCGCAGUACUUUCAGCGCAAGCGCGGCCUCGCAAACGGCCUCGUCUACGCAAGUGGUGGCCUAGGUGGUGCCGCCAUCUCGCUCAUCAUGGAAAAGCUAGUACGCAGUCUAGGUCCACCAUGGACGUUCCGCGUCAUCUCCAUCCUGACGCUCGCUACUGGCCUACCUGCCUCAUGGCUCAUACAAGAGCGCCUCCCACCUACACGACGCAAGAAGUACGUCGACUGGUCGCUCUUCACCAGCCUCCGGUUUGACCUCCUCUUUGCUGCUGGCGUCAUCGCGACCUUCCCGCUUUUCGUUCCGCCCUUCUUCUUGCCUAUGUACUGUCAAUCUCUUGGACUGGCACCAUCAAUCGGAGCAGCUAUGGUAGCUACCUUCAACGCCUCUUCCGCCAUUGGCCGGAUCGGCUUCGGUCUCCUCUGCGAUCACCUAGGAGCACUCAACGUGCUGUUCACUGCCCUGCUGCUAAGCGGCCCUUUCAGCGACAGCUUGGCACUUCUCGUCGUAUUUGCCAUCUGGAAUGGCGCCGCGAACGGUGGCUUCUUCGCUGUCAUGCCUACCGUUGUCGGCAGCGUCUUUGGCAGCCAGAAGGUUCCUCUCGUAAUGGGGAUGGUGGUCAUGGGCUGGGCAGGAGGCUAUCUGAUGGGUGGUCCGAUUGCUGGCUAUCUGCUUGCCGCUAACGGUGGUGAAGGAGGCGGCGUGGAGGCCUAUAGGCCUGCUAUGUACUACGCUGGGUCCUUGUCCAUCGGUGCGGCUGUCUUGGUGGCGUUCAUGCGGCUGUCUAUCGACGGCAGACUAUUGCGGAAGGUAUAA